AAAUGCGUUCCCUGAUUCUCGUCGCCCUUUUGGCCUUCUUGGCCGUUGGCUUUGUGGCUGCCCGCCCAGCUGAGGAUGAGGAGUCCUCUUCCUCGUCUGUGGUGGAUGCCUCUACGGAUUCUUCCAGCAAUGCUGAUGAGAGCACUGAAGCUAAUGAGGAGCAGAGCGAGGGAUCUAGCGAUGAUGAAUCCACCACCGAAGCCUCUUCCGAUGAUGAAUCCAGUGGCGAAGUCAAGAAGCACAUUCGUCCCUUCUGGCCCAGGUUCGGAGGUCAUGGUCCCGUUGUGGUCAGGCGUCAUCCUGGUUUUGAAACCAUCUAAGCUGUAUAAGCUUGUUUCCAGCUAAUAAACUUUCUAAAUAAAGAAUCUUAAAUCCUUAA